AUCCAUUGGUUUGAGUUUGGUAAAAUCCUCCCCAUUACCAUCCCCACUUUGGAGGCGAUAAUCUCCAUCACUCAUGUAGGCUGGCUGACUGAAGCGCCAAAAACGCACCGUAUCACGAGGAUUCGCUCGCCUCCGUCUCUCCGAUCAGAUGUCUGCAACUGAAACAAAAAUGGAGCCUCGAUUUCAUCGUUAGCGUUAAUGGAGCUCAGCUCACUCCACCAAACAAAGGCCAGCCAGAGCUACAAAUCCUUCGAAACCUUACGCCGCCGCUCCUUCUCCAUCAUCUAAUCUCUUUCGAUCCCUCCAAAACCCCUUCUGUUUAGUGGAGUAGGAAACAAACCAUGGCUGCAAUCUCCAACUCUCUGAUUGUCUCCAGAAACCCUCAGCUCCCCAACCUCUCUUCCGGUGUCGCACCUACAGUGUUGUCCUUCAAUCCCACUCGCCCUCGGAGCCUCCGAGUUGGUCCCUCGAGAAGGUCGCUCGUCGUCCAAGCUGCCUACAGGGAUGGUGAAAGAUCAGGCAGUACCGGAAUCUUCAUCGGCGGGUUUGUGUUGGGAGGACUCAUUGUUGGUGCACUUGGUUGUGUUUACGCACCUCAGAUCAGCAAGGCACUAGCUGGCGCUGAUAGGAAGGACCUAAUGCGCAAACUCCCCAAGUUCAUCUAUGAUGAAGAGAAGGCUUUGGAGAAAACACGAAAGAUAUUGACCGACAAGAUAGCACAACUGAACUCCGCCAUUGACGAUGUCUCUUCUCAGCUCAGAUCAGAAGAUGCCCCUAAAGAAGACACGUCUGUGAACCCCGAUGAAAUUGAAGCUGCAAUUUGAGAAAUCUGUGUGUGUGUGUGUGUUUUUUUUUGGUUACAUUGUUGGUAUACAGUUUACUAAGCGGUCAGUAAUUUUUGAUAACUCUGAAAUAACAACAGCUGAAACCCAUCUUAAUGCGCUUUUUAGUAGCUGUUUCUGUGCCGUGCCUCCCAACUCCCAAGUACAAAUUGUGUAUUGACUGUAUGCUACUUGCCUCCUAAGACGUUGGGCCAAGAUUGAUAUACACUUUUACUUUCAUCAGUUGCCAUUGUAAUCGAAUGCUCUCUCACAUCACCUCUUGAAAGUACGUUUGAUUGAUGAUGAAUUCGUUUGGAAUUCAAGCAUGAGUUGCACCAGCUUGAACUCGACGGGUAUGCUAAAGCUGUGGCUUGGAGAGAAAGAGUGCCCUUGAAAAUACCAUCCGAUCUUGAUAUAGAUAUUGUUACAUGCUUCAAAGUCCUCUAGACCAUCGACUUUCAGUCCUCUAAUAUCAGCCAUAGAUUUAGGCACAGUUGGAAAAUCUACAGGAUGAGAACGAAAUGUUCCUCUCGUUCUGAUAGAAGGGCAAUCAGGCACAAACACUGAGAUCUUAUCCCCACAGAUUUUGUCUACUGACACUCUCGCCCACACGUUCUCUCGACGAUCUAAGGACCACAGAUUCUCCAAAGUGUUGGAGAAAAGAAAAUAGAUGAGAAAAAGGGAAGUGAAAAGCUGAAGAAAACGUAUUUCAGCUGCCACUCUUAUAUACGUGAAGCAUAGUUGUCAAGCUAGAGUUUAGCUCUUUGCAGCAGCCAUGGCCACUCACGCAGCUCUUGCUCCUUCAAGGGUUCCUGCCAGCACCAGACUUCCUUCUUCCAAGAUCACUCACUCUUUCCCUUCUCAAUGCUCCACCAAGAGGCUAGAAGUUGCAGAGUUUUCAGGGCUUCGCGCCACUCCUGGCGUGCUGUACGCCAAGAACACUACUGAGGCAUCCUUCUUCGACUCUGUUGCUGCUCAGCUCGCUCCCAAAGCUGCAUCCGCCACACCUGUAAGGGCGGAGACUGUUGCCAAAUUGAAGGUGGCAAUCAAUGGAUUCGGACGCAUUGGUAGGAACUUCCUGCGGUGCUGGCAUGGUCGCAAGGACUCACCUCUUGAUGUUAUUGUUGUCAAUGACAGCGGCGGUGUUAAGAAUGCUUCCCACUUGCUGAAGUAUGAUUCGAUGCUUGGAACUUUCAAAGCUGAGGUGAAGAUUGUUGAUAAUACCACCAUCAGUGUUGAUGGAAAGCACAUCAAAGUCGUCUCCAGCAGAGACCCCCUCAAGCUUCCAUGGGCUGAGAUGGGAAUCGACAUUGUCAUCGAGGGAACAGGAGUGUUCGUCGAUGGCCCUGGUGCAGGAAAGCACAUUCAAGCUGGUGCCAAGAAGGUGAUCAUCACAGCUCCCGCCAAAGGUGCCGACAUUCCAACCUAUGUGGUUGGUGUUAAUGAGCAGGAUUACUCACACGAGGUUGCCGACAUUGUAAGCAAUGCUUCCUGCACCACCAACUGUCUGGCCCCAUUCGUCAAAGUCAUAGACGAGGAAUUCGGUAGGAGGGCUCCCAUCUCAAAUCACCAUUCGAAACCACCUGGCGUUGAAGCUUGAGUUUCAAGUAACUGAUCUUUUUGAGUUCUUUUGCAGGCAUUGUCAAGGGAACAAUGACAACUACUCACUCCUACACAGGAGACCAGGUACUUAAUCCAAUCACCCAAUCAUUCAUAGCAAACAAUCCCUAAUACAAAGUUCACAUGUCCUCAAGAGUUUUGGUUGCCCUCUGUGAAUAUGCAGAGGCUGUUGGAUGCUUCCCACCGUGACCUGAGGAGAGCUAGGGCAGCAGCACUCAACAUCGUCCCUACAAGCACCGGUGCAGCUAAAGCCGUGUCGUUAGUCCUGCCUCAACUCAAGGGGAAGCUCAACGGCAUUGCUCUCCGAGUCCCCACGCCCAAUGUCUCGGUGGUUGACCUAGUCGUCAACGUAGCGAAGAAAGGAAUCUCAGCUGAGGAUGUCAAUGAUGCCUUCAGGAAGGCCGCAGAAGGACCAUUGAAGGGCAUAUUGGACGUCUGCGAUCUUCCUCUCGUGUCUGUGGACUUUAGGUGCACCGAUGUCUCAUCGACCAUCGACUCUUCUCUGACCAUGGUGAUGGGAGAUGAUAUGGUGAAGGUGGUAGCCUGGUACGACAAUGAAUGGGGAUACAGCCAAAGGGUGGUUGAUUUGGCACACUUAGUAGCCAACAAAUGGCCAGGAGUUGCUGCUGGAGGAAGUGGAGACCCAUUGGAGGACUUCUGCGAGACAAACCCUUCUGAGGAGGAAUGCAAAGUUUAUGAAGCUUAGAUAGAUGAAUGAACAUCUGGAUUGGCUUUCUUCUUUUCAAAUUUUUUUCACAUUUUCGGGUUUCUUCCUUUCCCUUGUGAAGAGAGAUUGGUGCAAGAGGAUCAUGUUUCUGUAAACGUGCAGAUGAAUGGUCCAUGGUUGUGAAGAAAAUAAGGCAUUGUUGUUCACAGAAGCUUUUGAAAGUAAAGAUCAAAUUGCAUGAUUAUUAUGUUUGUGUUAGAAAAUAAGCGUGCAAUCGAUAAUCCAGAUGAACACAAACAAACACGAAUUUAACGUGGUUCACUAACACAAUGUGUGUUAGCUAGCUAAUCCACAGGCAGGGGAGAACAAAUUUCACUAAUUUGAGGAGAGUACAG